CCUAUAAAAUGUUAUAUGAUGAAUGGCACCAAUGGCUCAAUCAUCAUAUUAAGCUUACAAAUUAUAAUACUAAUUAUAUUUUAUGAUGCCUUAUCUAUUGGAUUAACUUUUUUCCAGAAAUAUUUUAUAAAGGAUUUUCAUUACCCUCUAACCAUAGUCAUAGGCCAUGUUAUAUUAAAAUUUAUAUAUGCAUCAUUUAUUAGAAAAGUGUUGAUAUACUUUUCUAAUAGAGAUGCAUUUCAUUUAGAUAUGAGUAUGUACUGGAAGACUGUUAUGCCCACAGGAAUAUCAAGUGGUCUUGAUGUUGGACUUUCAAAUUGGAGUUUUGAAUUUAUAACAGUAUCAUUAUAUACUAUGUCUAAGUCAUCUUGCAUCAUAUUUAUAUUUAUUUUUUCUAUAUUUAUGCGAUUAGAUUCAUUGAAAAUAACAAAUUUUAUAACUGUGCUAUUAAUUGCAAUUGGUCUAUUUUUAUUCACAUAUCAUUCCACCCAAUUUAACUGGAAAGGAUUUAUUCUUGUUAUGAUUGCAGCAAUGGUAGGUGGAGUUAGAUGGUCUCUAGCACAGUUAGUCACCCAACACAAAAAAUUUGCUAUCAAAAACCCUUUAGAUGUUAUAUUCUAUGUGCAACCUUGGAUGCUCACUAUAUUAAUGCCCCUUGCAUUUGUUUUUGAAAGAGAAUUCUAUGGUUCUUUGUUCAAUUCGAGCCAGAUCGCACCCUUAAUCACGUCUCACGUGGCCAUUAAAAUAUUCAUAGGAAGUUUGAUCGCGUUUGGAAUGGAGAUCAGCGAAUAUCUCUUGGUCAUGCAUACCUCUGGUCUCACCUUGGGCAUAUCCGGUAUCCUUAAGGAAAUAUUGACCCUAUACCUGGCGGCCAAAUAUAACGGCGAUCAAUUUUCGCGGAUAAAUUUUGGAGGCUUGGUUUUGUGCUUACUAGGCAUAUCGCUCCACGUCCUUUUCAAAUUUAUUCAAUCGGAGCCCAACGAUGGCGAAUACGUAAAAACUUCCAAAACCUCUUACCUUCUCUCUAAUAAACAUCAAGACGUUGCAAAAAAAUUCGAAGACCAUUACCGUUCCCAGACUAGUCUGUCUCACGUUAGAGACCCACGCGAUGAGUCGAAAUAUAAUACGUCAAAAGAGACCAAGAGGAGUUCCUUUUCUAACGGAGUUUGCAAACCCAGAUCAACCUCCUCGACCGGUACAGAAUAUGAAGACCUAAUUUCAAGUUCAGAAUCAUUAAUCAAGGACUUGCAAAAUAAUAAUGUAUCAGAAUCAAAUUCAUUAUAUCUUCACGGUUCCGGUGACGCUUUAUGCCUAAUUCCAGAUUUGGAUCAUAAUAACAGCUUUAAUAGGUCUCUUUCCCCGAAACUAUUAUGAUUCUUUUUUAUUGUUCGAAUCGUCAGAUAUCUUUAAACUAAAUGUCUUUAUCAUUUUAUUUUCCCUUCUUUUUUUUGAAAUUUUGAAUCCCCGUUCGUAAUUAAUUACUUAUUAACAUCUCAUAUUUAAAUGUUAGAGAAUAUUAAAAAAUAGACUAAACACAAAGCUUUAAAUAAUUUUAUUUAAUGGUUUAAUAUUAUUAAUAUUUAUUUAGAAUUUAUAAAUAUAUAUAUAUCAGAGUAUCUAAUGGUUUAUUAGAUUUUAUUUAUUUCAUAUUUAUUUUUGUCAAAGUUAAUUGGUGAUUUAUUUAUAUAUAAUAAAUAUAAAUAUCGUUCGUUAUACAGAAAAAAAAUUAUUAACAAAUUUAUAAUUUUCCUUAUUAUAAUUUAUUAAAAAAAAUUAAAAUAAGUCUUAGAUA